CCUGUCGGGGUCCCGCUCUGGAAACUCCGGGUGGCUGGUUGUGUCCUGUUUUCUUUUUUUACAUUUUAAAACCUUGAAAGCCUGUGUUUAAAAGGAGACUAAUGACAGCUUGUAAAAUCCUUUAAGUUCAGGGAAGAGAUUACUGUGGUAACAAUGCAGUGUUUAUGGAGUUGGGCAACAGCUAAAACGCCUGCCAGCGUGCAAAGCAGCCAGCCAGUCACACUGCGCAGUGUGCGAGGCCUCCUCUGUCCAGAGCGGAUACCGGCAGACCUGACCCUCGAUGCCUUACUGGAAAUGAAUGAGUCGAAAGUGAAGGACACCAUGAAGCGGUGCGGGGCCCGUGCGGAGGAGUGCUCCCGUCUCAACGGGGCCCUGGCCUGCUUAAGACAAGUCAUCCGGACAGGUGGCGAGUACAAAGACGAUUUGGUGUGGAAUUCAUCAGACGUGCGCCGGGAGAACCAUCUGAUGCCCCCUUCGGAACUCUCCCCCUGCCCCGCGGGGGUCAUGUGGAUGCACGGCACCCUUUCGUCUUCCAAGGGAAACGGGCAGCAGCCUCGCUCUGUCUCCGUGUCAACAGUUCCGUCUUCGGACAACCCCCCCUCGAGCCAAGGACCUCUGGUCAGUGUGGAUAACCCCUUGGAAUCUUUUGCCUUCCCGACGCACUGUGGGGGGCGGAACCUGAGGACUCCCCACAGCAUCACUGUCACACCACCCACCACCCCCCAGCUCAAGAGGAGGAAACCCCCACGGACUCCGCCCCCACCUAGUCGGAAGGUUUUCCAGCUGCUGCCCAACUUCCCGACGCUAACAAGGAGCAAAUCCCACGAAUCGCAGCUUGGCAACAGAAUAGACGAAGUACCUCCUGUAAAAUUUGAUCUUCUCCAUGGAUCUCCUCAAACGGUACGAAGAGAUAUUGGUCUGUCUGUUACACACAGAUUCUCUACAAAGUCUUGGCUCUCUCAGGUGUGCCAGGUGUGUCAGAAAAGCAUGAUGUUUGGCGUGAAGUGUAAACACUGCAGAUUAAAGUGUCAUAACAAAUGUACAAAAGAAGCCCCUCCCUGUAGAAUAUCUUUCCUGCCCUUAGUACCAAGAUUAAGGCGAACAGAAUCUGUCCCUUCUGAUAUCAAUAACCCAGUGGACAGACCUUCGGAACCACAGUUCGGGACUCUUCCAAAAGCACUAACUAAAAAGGACCAUCCACCAGCAGUGAAUCACCUGGAUUCCAGCAGCAACCCAUCGUCCACCACUUCCUCCACGCCAUCUUCUCCAGCCCCCUUCCAGUCUUCCAACCCUCCCAGUGCAACGCCUCCUCCGAACCCAUCUCCCAUGGGGCAGCGGGAUAGCCGGUUCAACUUCCCAGAUAUCCCCAAUCCCUCACAAGUAACACAGCCACCUGAAACGACAGAGAAUGCUAACAGAGCUGAUGAGCACCCAGAGAUGGACAGAGUUGAAGAACUUGGCACAGAGCAAGCAGAAGACCAAGAGCCAAACAAAUCCGAGGCCGAAGAUGAUGACGAUGAGCUCGAUGACCUGCGGAGCGGGCCGACUCGCUGGCGAGGGAUGAUCGCCCGGAAGGCCAGCCAGACGAGCGUCUACCUGCAGGAGUGGGACAUUCCCUUUGAGCAGAUCGAGCUGGGCGACCCCAUCGGCCAGGGGCGGUGGGGCAAGGUCUACCGGGGGAGGUGGCACGGGGAGGUGGCCAUCCGGCUGCUGGAGAUCGACGGGAACAAUCAAGAUCACCUGAAGCUCUUCAAGAAGGAGGUGAUGAAUUACAGGCAGACAAGGCACGAGAACGUGGUGCUGUUCAUGGGCGCUUGUAUGAACCCCCCUCAUCUGGCAAUUAUUACGAGCUUCUGCAAAGGAAGGACGCUUCACUCCUUUGUCAGGGACCCCAAAAUAUCACUGGAUAUUAACAAGACAAGGCAGAUAGCCCAGGAAAUCAUCAAGGGUAUGGGGUACCUCCAUGCAAAAGGGAUUGUGCACAAGGACCUGAAGUCGAAGAACGUCUUCUAUGACAAUGGCAAAGUGGUGAUCACGGAUUUCGGCCUGUUUGGGAUCUCUGGUGUGGUUCAGGAGGGAAGGCGUGAGAACGAACUGAAGCUCCCCCACGACUGGCUGUGUUACUUGGCCCCCGAGAUUGUGCGUGAGAUGGCCCCAGGGAAGGAUGAAGACAAGCUACCUUUCUCCAAGGCUGCUGACAUCUAUGCUUUUGGGACCGUGUGGUAUGAGCUCCAGGCCCGAGAGUGGCCGUUCAAGAACCAGCCAGCCGAGGCCUUGAUCUGGCAGAUCGGGAGUGGGGAGGGGAUGAAGCAAGUCCUCUCCGCAAGCAGUUUGGGGAAAGAAGUUGGCGAAAUCCUCUCGGCGUGCUGGUCUUUCGAUCUCAGCGAGCGGCCCAGCUUCACUCUCCUGAUGGAAAUGCUUGAAAAACUGCCAAAGCUCAACCGAAGGCUCUCCCACCCAGGACACUUCUGGAAGUCAGCCGACAUCAACAGUAGCAAAGGUGUCAUCCGAUUCGAACGGUUUGGCUUGGGAGAUUUGGAGUCGAGCAGUCAAAAGAUUUAGUCCGGUCUCUUUAUGGUCCUUAUUCACACUUUCUGCCUGCAUCACCUGAAAGUUUUUAUUGGCAAAUCUUCAUGGUAUCUUCCCAAAUAACGGGGGUGGGGGGGGCAAGACAUGCCCCACCCAGGUGGACACCCAGCAAUAUUUCAUUCAGACUGUUAUGUUUGCUUCCGAGGUCUCAAGUUCUGUUGCGGCAUCAGCAACUUUACUUUAAAAAAUGUUUACAUUCUGAUUUUUUUUCAUGUGUGAAUUUAAUGCUUAAUUAUAAAUGUGAUAUAAAGCUUUUUUAUUUAAAAAAAUUUUUUUGGGCAAAUGUUCAAGUAGCACUGUAAAAACAACCUGUCCCAUCAAUGAACUAGCUGUGGUUUGAAUUUAGCUCAAACCCUUUGAAGCGGUGCGCUGCGUGUUCCCCACAGGAUCUCUGCAUUUGCUGUUUACACCAGAGCUGAAUUGGUUACAGGCCUUGGCUUGCCUCCAGCCCUCUGCUGGGACCCAUAACUCUGGUGGGGCUCGAUCCUGUCGGCCCAUUUCCAGAAGUACUUCAUAUUUCCCAGCCUUUGAGUGUGAAAGUGGUGUGGAUUUUUUCCUGUGGCCUGCAGCCCUGGAGAAUUCAUAGCUCAGAGGUGGCUGGAGUGAGAUUGUACACUAGGAAGCUGGGUCUGUUGUUGGGGCCUAAGCACUGGAUCUAGACCUGGGCGUAGAAAUCAGCAUCUUGGUUCCUGAUUUUUGUUUCAAAGCGAGUUUCUGGCCCUCCUGAUUCUUUGGGGGAAGGAACUGCUAUGUGGGGUAUGCAGGGGCAGAAUCCAAAGGGCCAGAAGUCAGAGGAGAGCCUGGCGCCGGGUGUGUCAUAGUCCCUCAGAGUCGGUUGCCCUUCCCUCCUAACCAGUCCCCCCCACCCUGCUGGCGCCUCCCCCCGUGGUCUCCUCCCACCCUUUAGGGCCCAGUCUGCACUUCGCAUUCGCUCCGCUGUCUUACCAAACCCAGGCUGGAACAGACGUUCCCCCUCUACAUCG